ACUCGUGAAUCGCUGCUCACACUGACAUGUAAAUGCUUUCUGUUUAGGAUUUGAGAACUUUUAUCAGAUCAUGUAAGUUAUAUGUUUUUGUUCAGACGGCCGAUAAUUGUAUUCUGUAUAUAUGCAAUUGUAUUUUAUUUUUUCUCGUCUGAAAACAGAAAAGAAUGACAUUUAUUUAGCGGAUGAGUAACUGAAAAUUCAACUGUAUGUGUCAAUACGAGAUAGACCAACUAAAUAUCACUUUAUAUACUUAUUCAGCUUGUCGGUUGUGUUUUUGUAUGUACCACUUUGAAGUAAUUGAAAUAACAGAGAAAUGACCUUUUGAGACAAGUCAAUUAUUAUUGUAUAGAAAGUUAUUUUUGUUGAGAGUUAAUAAGAUUCAGAUAGGGCAAUGGGGUCUCUUGUGAUGUUAAACUCAAGGACUUGUGUAAAACAUUUUUGCACGUGGGUUGGCAGCCCUGUAUUCAUCAGACCUGCUUUAGCUGGUUCUCCAAAAUAUAACAUUCUGCACACUGUCAGAUUUAUCAUUGAGCCAAAGUUUCACAGCACAAAGGGAGAUAAACAUGCACAAUCGUACAACAGAACUCCUAAAGAAAAAGGUUUAACUUUGAGAGCAAGACCUGCAUUCCCCAAUUCAGUAUUCACAGCUGGCACAGCCAGAAGAACAGCCGAAUAUCUAAAAAGGCGAGCUGGGCCGGAUGCAGAAGGACCGUCAAAUAAUACCUCUGAGAGACGAAGAGGGUCUUCAAAGGUCCCCGUCCCUCCUCAUCCACUGACCACAUCAGAAUGGGCGAAAUUAAAAGAGGCUUCCACGAAACCUGAUCGCUUCGCUAUACAAAUGAUGGAGGGACUUCUAGUAUCCAGAGCAGAUGUCGACAUUGCCAAAUCUCUCUUGUCCUACGAGGCUCUGGAAAAAGGCACCUUGUCCUACGAGCUCCUUUUGAGGUACCUCACACUGUGUGUCAUGGGUGGGCAUCACUCGGAGGUUUUUGACACUUACGACAUCAUGAGGUCUUGCUUUAAGACGCUCGACACCGGAGCCUCUUCCCUUUUUGUAAAAGGUUUCAGCCAAACGGAACGCUGGAGGGAGGCGCUCGUCGUGUUGGAGGGAAUGAAAAAGGCCCUCCUGCCGUCUCCAGGAAACUACGGUGAUGUCAUCGCUGGAGCAGCUCUUCACGGUGAUACAGACACAAGCUGGAUGCUGUAUGACGAGCUUCUGGAUCAAGGUCUCCCUCCGCAUAAGGACACCUGGCAGUGUCUGUUUCAGAGGGGCAUCGGUGAGCGUGAACAUGAAGACAAGCUCCUUUCUAUUCUGUCAUAUAUGAGAGAUAAUCAGAUUUACCCAGAGGAGCCGCUGGUUAAAACUAUUAAAGUAUGGUUUGAGAGUUUACCAGAUCAAAAAUGGAGUGGGAGAUUCUCAUCCGUGGCCCCUAGUGGAGAGUGCAAAAGUUGCAAGGCACCGCUGGAAUCCAUUCAGCUGACCAAGGAAGAGUAUGCCCAGCUGAAGGAUAGAGUGAUGAAGGAUGUGAUAGAGGGAAAGGACAUCUUCAACAAAACCACUCCAGAGGAGCUGGAAAGCUUUAAGAGCUUUGUGAAACGAAGACCUCCAUUUGACGUUGUAAUCGACGGUCUUAAUGUGGCUAACACUACACCCAAAGCUGCCCACUCUGAAACGUUGCUGGAAGUUAUCUCCGAGCUGGAACAGCAGGGUCUGAACAUCUUGGUCCUUGGUAGGAAGCACAUGCUACGACCUUCCUGGAACUGGGACAGACAAAAUAUGAACAAGAUCAAGCAGAAAGCUCACUGCUUCUUCACAGAGAACAUAUCUGAGGAUGACCCGUUUCUGCUGUAUGCUACUUUGCACUCGGGCGACCACUGUCAUUUUCUCAGUCGCGAUCUGAUGAGAGAUCACAAGGCCUGCUUUCCAGACAGCGUCACCAGACGCCUCUUCUUCAAGUGGCAGCGUGGUCAUCAGUUGGUAAUCAGUCAUUACACCCCAGGAAAACGGGUCCUGUUUCAGAGGAACGCCACUUAUGACACCAUCGUACAGACGACUGGCCGCUCCUGGCACAUUCCGUACGAUGAGAUCGGAGGGAAUAGAGCUACGUAUGAAGUGCCUCAGAAUUGGCUCUGUCUUACUCAAGAACAUUAAGGGUUUGGUUAGGUACACUAAGCCUAAGUAUGCAAAAUGUGUAAAAUAUAUAUAUAGACAAAAAAUAAAAAAAUGCAUUUUAUAAAAAAUGUCCUUUGGUUUCUUUUUAUUGUUAACUUUUUUUCAGUAGGCCUAUAUAUAUUGUAUUUUUAAUAUUUUAUUCUUAUAUAUGGUUUAUAUUUAUAUCAGUAACGGUGCUUUUUAUAUUGUAGCAUUUAAUAGUAUGACAUUUAUGUAACCUCAAAAAUUCCUGUAGGAACAUUCACUAAAACACUCAUACGAGGACUUUCCCUGACUUUGCAUUAUGUUUUGCAUUUACAUUUCUAAAAAAAACAUUGUUUUGCACAACAAUUAAAAGACUGACUCGAAACUAAUUAUGUAUCUGGGAUUAAACAAACACUCCUUCAUGAAACUUGACAGAUAAGUGCUAAAUUUCCUAUUUUAUAUGAAGUAACCC